AUCAAAAUAAAACUAAAAAAAAAAAAAAAAAAAAAACAAAGAAUCGCAAAAAGACUCACAUAGAGAGAGCCGCAGUAUCCUUGAGUUGUUGCAGCGUCGCGUGGUAACGGCGGCGAACAAUUUCCGAUUACUGCACUCUCUUUCACUCGACAAGAUUUGAUGGCGGCCAAGUUGCAGCAGUUGACGUCCAAAGCGUGUCAAGCAUCCCAAUUUAUAGCCAAGCAUGGAACAUCUUACCACAAGCAGCUGUUGGAGCAGAACAAGCAAUACAUUCAGGAUCCUCCUACAAUAGAGAAAUGCAACCUUCUGGCCAAGCAAUUAUUUUACACUCGCCUUGCUAGUAUUCCAGGUCGUUAUGAGUCCUUUCAUAAGGAACUUGAUUAUGCCAAGCAAUUCUGGAAGAAUAGGCAACAGUUAAAGGUUGAAGAUGCAGGUAUCGCUCUUUUGUUUGGCGUGGAAGUCUUUGGAUGGUUUUGUGUUGGUGAGAUUGUUGGAAGGGGAUUUACUUUCACAGGUUACUCUGUCUGAGAGUAACCACUUUAUAAUGUACGAUUUAGCGGGGCUCUAUACUCCAAAAGCCAGGAGUACUGUCAUUUACUAUAGCAUUUUGUUGAUUUUGGGCAAUUCUACAAGCAAUUUGUCAUUCUUUUGUUGAGGGAAAAAAGGUUGAGAAACUAGUGAUUAAUAAGCCUCGGUAACCUCUUGUAUUUGAAAUGGGAUGGACCACCCGUUGUUCUCUUAUCAUGCCAGAAAGCUAGCGGCAUUAAUCAACCGUAUAAUCAUUUUCCUGUAAUUUUUAAUCAUUUUUGCCAUUGUUAAUUAGUAUCCAUGUUUUUUUUUUUUGGUACAUUAAUAUCCAUGUUUUUUUACCUUUGCAUGAAAUAUACAAUGAGAAUAAAUUGCUCAAUUUUCGUA